GAAAAAACCAACCCUAAACUCCUUGUUCCUUCGCUUAAAAGGUAGCCUUGAUUAUUGCUGACUUAAGCAUCGGAGUGUCUACCCCGAGAUCCAUCUCGGGGCUUUGCAGGUCAAUCCGGAGUGCAGAUUCGAAGUGAAGAAGGACGUCUGGUUUGGUGCAGUUACAUUUUGGCGCCGUUUGUGGGAAGCUGAACUAAAGGCUUCUUUGUUGCUCUUAUCAUGGUUAAAACUAGGUCAGCCCGAGGGGGAAACUCGUCUCAGCCUCUUGGACGAGGUCAGGUCCCCAGCAACCUUCCACCUCAUCCUUCACCCCCAAUCCCAAAUACAUUCCCUCCUGUUGAUCAUGCAGAAGGAGAAGACGAAAAUCAACCACACAAUUCGGUUAGCAACUCAGCCUCUACUGCUAACCAGGAUGUAGUUACAACUCAGCUCGCUGCCAUGCAGCAGCAGUUUGGUGUCUUUCAGCAAGUGCUGGCUCAGUUGUUAGCCCGGAACAAUCCUGGUGAUCCACUCAUUAAUCUACUUAAUCCUGCCCCACCACAACCCCUGGCCCCACCACAAAAUCCUGGACCAAUUCAAGGUACUCCCGCUGUUAGUGAAUCUCAGGGCCAAUCUCACAUCGCACCGGUUAUGCAACCCCCUCGUGAUGACGUCGCUCGGCGUUUAGAUAGCUUAGAAAAGCUAGUGGUCGAACAGCGAGGUAUUCCACAUCCACACCCUGCAGCUGACUCCGUACCUCACCCUCUCAACACCAAUAUUAUACUGGAACCCUACCCUGCUGGCUUCCGAAUACCACAGCUUGAAACUUAUGAUGGGACGAAAGACCCCGAUGACCAUUUACAUGCUUUCUACUCUUGCAUGCAGGCCUAGAACGCCUCUGAUGCGUUAAUGUGCAAAAUCUUUCCCUCUACCCUCCGAGGUAAUGCUCGAACCUGGUACUACAGUCUACCUCCGAGGUCAAUCAACUCAUACACAGAAC